GGCGGCAGCACCGACACACUCUGUAGUUACAGGUUUUAGUAAUAAACUGUUGCCAGGAAUGUAAACAGUGUUCAGAUGCUUGCUAGCUGACUUUGCAGAACCACGCACAGUUAUGGCUUUGCAUUAGCUUCCUCGCACCGAGAUGGCGGUUUUAUAUUGAUCCAUUUGUGUCCGUCAUUUGUUGUUUGAUUGUAUACACGAUUUAUAUGCUGUGACCAUGACCAAAGACAUUGUUGUUGGAGAUGAAUUACCAGACUGGGUGGGGGCCAAGGAAUUUUACCAGAAAUAUGACCCCAAGGAGGUGAUUGGCAGGGGUGUGAGCAGCGUGGUACGCAGGUGUGUGCACAGACACACGGGCCAGGAGCUGGCAGUGAAGAUUAUUGAGAUCACAGCGGAGAAGAUGACAGUCCAGCAGCUGGAGGAGGUGAAAACCUCCACACUAAAGGAGAUCCAAGUUCUCAACAUGGUGAAGGGACACUCCUCAAUCAUUACUCUCAUUGAUUCCUAUGAGUCCACAACCUUCAUAUUUUUGGUGUUCGACCUCAUGAGACGAGGGGAGCUGUUUGACUACCUCACAGAAAAAGUUACUCUGAGUGAGAAGGAAACCAGGAGCAUAAUGCGAGCCCUGCUGGAGGCUGUGCAGUACCUCCACUCCUUCAACAUCGUCCACCGGGAUCUGAAACCCGAGAACAUUCUCCUGGAUGAUCAGGGACACAUCAAACUGUCGGAUUUUGGUUUCUCAGUGCAGCUACAGCCUGGAGAGAAGCUUCGGGAGCUUUGUGGGACCCCUGGUUAUUUGGCCCCUGAAAUACUGAAAUGCUCAAUGGAUGAAACGCACUCAGGCUAUGGCCAAGAGGUCGAUCUCUGGGCAUGUGGAGUGAUCCUCUUCACCUUGCUGGCGGGCUCACCGCCGUUCUGGCAUCGCAAACAAAUGCUAAUGCUGAGGAUGAUCAUGGAGGGUCGCUAUCAGUUCAGCUCCCCAGAAUGGGACGACAGGUCUGACACAGUGAAAGAUCUGAUAUCCAGGCUACUGGUGUUGGACCCAGCUGUCCGUCUCACUGCUGAGCAAGCAUUAGCACAUCCUUUCUUCAGACAGUACCAGAAGGAAGACGUGCGGCUCUUUAUUCCCAGAAAAACAUUUAGGGUGUUGAUAGUCACCGUGCUGGCCUGUAUCAGGAUAUACAGCCGUUACCGCAGGGCUCGUCCGCUGACUCGGGAGGUGCUGGCCAGAGAUCCUUACUCCCUCCGUGGCGUCCGCAAGCUCAUCGAUGGCUGUGCCUUCCGCAUCUAUGGGCACUGGGUGAAAAAAGGGGAGCAGCAGAACCGAGCCGCCCUCUUCCAGAACACGGCUAAGAUCAUGCUGCUGGACCUGGAGGACUUUGAAACAUGAGAAAAUUGACCUCAUUCCUAACCACAUUGAUCUUUUUUUUUUUUUUUAAUUCAUUUGCAUGUGCUGUCAUGUCAAAGUUUGUCUCAUCGAGUUACUGUGUUUAAUUUCUAAGAUGAGGAAUUCAGGGACCGGGAUAUUUGUAUGCCUUAAUGCGCACCGUGAGAGAAAGUGAGAAAUUUCAAGAUAAGCAUGCACAACUCAAUGUUCCUUAUCUGCCUUUUAAACCGAGUUUGUGGCUGUUUUAAACUCUUCAUGUCAGGUCAUCAUGUUUGCAGUGCGGUAGAGACACGCUGCACAAACACGUCAUAUAUACGCACAUUUAUAUGUAUUUAGAAUUCUAACUGUUGAUCAUCAGAAGAUGCAUCUCUAAGCACUGUGUGGCUGAAGUGGACAUUAAAAGCACUGUGAUUAGCUAUUUAAUAGAUUAUUAUAUAAACACUGUAUUGUACUGUAUUAGAGCUCAGAUUUACAGAUAUUCCAGUGUUACAAAUCAAUACCAGAGUACAGGUGUGAGACAUUCAAGUACGGUAUUUGGAGUUUUUUGGUUGAAAAAUCCUGUAGCUGUCAUGCAUGUAGACAUUCCUUACAUGGAAACCAACUUAUACUAACUAUGACUGUAUUUCCUAUUGAAACUAACCAACAUCAUUCCACGCUCAGUUCAUUCUUCUCUUUUAAUAAGGAGCACUUUUCCUGCCUGAGAAAUGUACAGUACAAAUGCAGCUAUACAUUGUACAUUUAAAUAAAAAGGCUUUAUUGACAAUAAAACUAAUAUUUAAGUUUGAA